AUGGACCAGCCAGCACCCUGGGGUAAUUGUCUCGCCGCGGCCAUUUCGAGCACUUUUAAGCCCAGCGAGCCGGACACGAUCCUCAUCGAAAGGCAACUGAGAGAGGACACUGGGCAUGACCGUCUUUGCGUUUCCCGUAUGGUGAGCUUAGAUCUUCUGAAUGAUCCCGACAGAAGUCCCAUCUGCGAUCGCAUGGGACGUGCCGAAGGCCAGGAGGCCACCGUCAAUGAAACUCGCACGGGCCACGAAGACUGGGCUAUCGUCGGCGACGACUGGCGACACCGGUAA